CAACGGCUCCCGCCGAGCCGCCACCAGCGUCGCCUUGGCAACCGAGCCCGCCUGUAACGGCCGCGGAGGGCGUGCCGCGAAGGUACCGCCCCAGUGCAUGCGCAGUGCGCCCGCUGACCUCACCGCCGCCGAGUUGUGGAGGCUUCCACCACCUACCAUAGAGACCCGCGGGAGGCGCGUCCUCUCUAGCCUUCGGCUCACUCUCUAUGAAUGGACUGCUGAAUUUGGAAUUAUUGCAGACUCAACAGUACAGCACAGCUCAUUGUUUCGUCUAUUACUAGUUAUUUAAAUUGGACUUUUAAUAUCCUGCCAGCUGCUGUUCACACACACAUGGUGCAUUGUUGCCAUUCUCAGAAUUGCAUCUUUGAAACCCAGACCCUCAGUAACCUUCAUCGAACAAAGAGGCGACCUCCUGCGUACGUUCAUAGAGGGAUUUUUCGAACCUGCUGCCCUCUAGCUUUCUUGCUGGUGCUGUAUUUGUGAGACACCAUGGAGCCCACUAUGGAGUACUGCUUAGCACAGGUGCUGCAGAAAGAUGUUGGAAAGAGACUUCAGGUUGGCCAGGAAUUGAUAGAUUACUUCUCAGAUAAACAGAAGUCAGCUGAUCUUGAACAUGAUCAGACUAUGCUGGAUAAAAUGGUUGAUGGACUGGCCACUUCUUGGGUCAAUUCCAGCAAUUAUAAGGUGGUUCUCCUGGGGAUUGACAUAAUUUCUGCAUUAGUAUCCCGCUUGCAAGAUCGCUUCAAGGCCCAAAUUGGCACAGUGCUGCCAAGUUUACUUGAUAGGCUGGGAGACUCUAAAGACUCAGUGAGGGAGCAGGAUCAGACCUUGCUGCUGAAAAUCAUGGAACAAGCUGCUAACCCUCAGUACGUGUGGGACAGGAUGCUAGGAGGAUUCAAACACAAGAAUUUCCGGACAAGAGAAGGGAUUUGCCUCUGCCUUAUUGCAACGCUCAAUGCAUCUGGAGCUCAGAGUUUAACACUGAGUAAGAUAGUGCCACAUAUAUGUAACUUACUUGGAGAUCCAAACAGCCAGGUUCGAGAUGCAGCAAUAAACAGCCUUGUGGAAAUAUACAGACAUGUUGGUGAACGUGUAAGGGCUGAUCUCAGUAAAAAAGGAUUACCCCAGUCUCGGUUGAAUGUAAUUUUUACAAAAUUCGAUGAGGUCCAAAAAUCUGGAAACAUGAUCCAGAGUUCAAGUGAUAAAAUUUUCGAUGAUGAAGACUCCAUGGAUGGGAACAGACCUUCCUCAGCUAGCUCCUCUACAUCUUCAAAGGCCCCUGCAAACUCACGCAGAGUUGGGAUGGGGACUACCCGCAGACUUGGGUCUGCAGCUCUGGGCUCCAAGUCCUCAACAGCCAAAGAGGGAGCAGGUGCUGUGGAUGAAGAAGACUUUAUUAAAGCAUUUGAAGAUGUCCCAACAGUUCAGAUUUAUUCCAGCCGUGAUCUUGAGGAAUCCAUAAACAAAAUAAGAGAGAUACUAUCAGAUGAUAAGCAUGACUGGGAACAGAGAGUUUCUGCAUUGAAAAAGAUACGCUCCUUACUUUUGGCUGGAGCUGCAGAAUAUGAUAACUUCUUCCAACACUUAAGACUUCUGGACGGAGCAUUUAAAUUAUCUGCUAAAGACCUGCGGUCUCAAGUAGUACGAGAGGCUUGUAUCACGUUGGGACAUUUAUCAUCAGUUUUGGGAAACAAGUUUGACCAUGGGGCAGAAGCCAUCAUGCCAACAAUUUUUAAUCUAAUUCCGAAUAGUGCCAAAGUCAUGGCCACUUCUGGUGUUGUAGCAGUUAGAUUAAUCAUUCGACAUACACACAUCCCUCGAUUAAUACCCAUCAUAACCAGUAAUUGUACCUCCAAGUCUGUUGCAGUUAGAAGGCGCUGUUUUGAAUUUUUAGAUUUGCUGUUGCAGGAGUGGCAAACACACUCCCUAGAAAGACACAUAUCAGUGUUAGCUGAAACAAUAAAGAAGGGAAUUCAUGAUGCAGACUCUGAAGCCAGGAUAGAGGCAAGAAAGUGUUAUUGGGGUUUCCACAGUCACUUCAGCCGAGAGGCAGAGCAUUUGUAUCACACCUUGGAAUCUUCUUACCAGAAGGCUCUGCAGUCACAUUUGAAGAACUCUGACAGCAUCGUGUCCUUGCCACAGUCAGAUCGCUCUUCCUCCAGCUCCCAGGAGAGUCUCAACCGUCCUUUGUCUGCCAAAAGAAGUCCUACUGGAAGUACUACAUCCAGAGCAUCUACAGUAAGUACAAAAUCUGUGUCAACACCAGGAUCUCUGCAGCGAUCCCGCAGUGACGUCGAUGUGAAUGCAGCAGCUAGUGCCAAGUCAAAAGUGACGUCUUCUGGAUCAUCCACCCCCUUCAGUUCUGCUGCAGCCUUGCCCCCAGGCUCAUACGCAUCACUAGAUGGUACUACCACUAAAACUGAGGGUCGGAUUCGUACAAGGAGACAGAGCUCUGGCAGUGCCACAAGCGUCACCUCAAUGCCUGCUGAUACCCGAGGCCGCAGCCGGGCUAAAGUAGUUUCCCAGUCCCAGCGAUCCAGAUCAGCUAAUCCUGCUGGUGCUGGUAGCCGGUCCAGUUCCCCGGGUAAGCUCUUAGGAAGCGCCUAUGGUGGCCUGAGUGGUGGAACAUCCAGAGUCCAGCCGGUGCCAUCAUCUUCAGAGAAGCGCAGCAAGAUCCCUCGGAGCCAGGGAUGCAGUCGAGAGACGAGUCCCAGCAGAAUAGGACUAGCACGGAGCAGUCGUAUCCCCCGACCCAGCAUGAGUCAGGGGUGCAGUCGUGAUACCAGCCGUGAGAGCAGUCGAGAUACAAGCCCUGCUCGGGGCUUUCCUCCACUUGCUUCUCGACGUCAUUCCAGGUCCACUAGUGCUCUCUCCACUGCUGAUUCUGUUGGGCAGUCAGACCGGUUUGGACUCGGACAGCCAGGCAGGAUGCCUGCUUCUGUGAAUGCCAUGCGAGUCCUGAGCACAAGCACAGAUCUGGAGGCUGCUGUGGCCGAUGCACUGCUGUUAGGAGACUCCAGGAGCAAGAAAAAAACAGUGAGAAGAAGAUAUGAACCCUAUGGGAUGUACUCCGAUGAUGAUGCUAACAGUGAUGCAUCAAGCGCUUGCUCAGAGCGCUCCUAUGGUUCCAGAAAUGGGGGCAUUCCACACUACCUGCGGCAGACUGAAGAUGUGGCUGAGGUUCUGAACCACUGUGCCAGCUCCAACUGGUCUGAAAGGAAAGAGGGGCUCAUAGGUCUUCAGAACUUACUGAAAAGUCAGCGGACACUGAGCCGAGUUGAGUUGAAAAGGCUAUGUGAAAUAUUUACUCGCAUGUUUGCUGACCCUCACAGCAAGGUCUUUAGCAUGUUUCUGGAAACCCUGGUUGAUUUCAUCAUCAUUCAUAAAGAUGACUUGCAGGAUUGGCUUUUUGUUCUCCUGACACAGUUGCUAAAGAAAAUGGGAGCAGAUUUGCUGGGGUCUGUGCAGGCGAAAGUUCAAAAAGCUCUGGAUGUCACCAGGGAUUCUUUUCCAUUUGAUCAACAAUUUAACAUUUUGAUGAGGUUUAUUGUAGAUCAGACCCAAACACCAAACCUGAAGGUGAAAGUUGCUAUCCUGAAGUAUAUUGAGUCCUUGGCAAGACAGAUGGAUCCAACAGACUUUGUGAACUCUAGUGAGACAAGACUUGCUGUAUCUAGAAUUAUAACUUGGACAACAGAACCAAAGAGCUCAGACGUGAGAAAGACCAUGCAUAGUUGGGUGGGUGAGGAUUUGCCAGCUAGGACAACUACAGCUUCCUCAGGGCCCGGUGAAGGAAACUUGGAAGAGAAAUGUAAACAGGCAGCACAAAUAGUCCUGAUUUCUCUCUUUGAAUUGAACACUCCUGAGUUUACCAUGUUACUUGGUGCCUUGCCAAAAACAUUCCAGGAUGGUGCUACCAAGCUCCUGCACAACCACCUCAAGAACUCGAGUAACACCAGUGUGGGUUCCCCCAGCAAUACCCUUGGUCGGACCCCUUCCCGGCACUCCAGCAGCAGAACGAGCCCCUUAACUUCACCUACCAACUGUUCCCAUGGUGGGCUGUCUCCAAGUCGGUUCUGGGGUUGGAGUGCAGAUGGGCUGUCGAAGCACCCCCCUCCCCUUUCUCAGCCUAACUCCAUCCCCACUGCUCCUUCCCACAAGACUUUCAGACGCUCUUACUCUCCCAGUAUGCUGGAUUAUGACACGGAGAACCUAAAUUCUGAUGAAAUCUACAGCUCUCUUCGUGGAGUCACAGAAGCAAUAGAAAAAUUUAGUUUCCGUAGUCAAGAGGACCUGAAUGAGCCAAUCAAACGUGAUGGAAAGAAAGACUGUGAUAUUGUGUCUCGAGAUGGUGGCCUUGCUGUGCCUACCAGUGAUGUCCGUGGAAGCAGUGACAUUGUGGAAGGUGGAAGGAUGGCUCUAGAUAACAAAACUUCCCUACUUAACACCCAGCCUCCCCGCGCCUUUUCAGGGCCACGUGCUCGAGAAUAUAACCCCUAUCCUUAUGCUGACACAAUUAACACCUAUGAUAAGACUGCCCUGAAGGAAGCAGUGUUCGAUGAUGACAUGGAUCAGCUUCGGGAUGAAGUGCCCAUUGACCAUUCAGAUUUGGUGGCCGAUCUUCUGAAAGAGCUCUCCAACCACAACGAACGAGUGGAGGAGCGGAAAGGAGCUCUCCUGGAACUGCUGAAGAUCACAAGGGAAGAUAAUCUUGGAGUUUGGGAGGAACAUUUCAAAACCAUUCUGCUCUUGCUGCUGGAAACUCUGGGAGACAAAGAUCAUUCAAUAAGAGCCCUGGCACUGCGAGUCCUGAGAGAGAUCUUACGGAACCAGCCAGCAAGGUUUAAGAACUAUGCAGAGUUGACUAUCAUGAAAACACUGGAAGCACAUAAAGACUCCCACAAGGAGGUCGUCAGAGCUGCUGAAGAAGCUGCUUCCACACUGGCAAGUUCCAUCCACCCUGAGCAAUGCAUCAAGGUGCUUUGCCCCAUCAUUCAGACUGCAGAUUAUCCAAUUAAUUUAGCUGCCAUCAAAAUGCAGACGAAAGUAAUUGAGAGGAUUUCAAAGGAAUCAUUGCAUCAGCUCCUUCCUGAUAUCAUUCCUGGGUUAUUACAGGGUUAUGAUAAUACAGAGAGCAGUGUCCGUAAAGCUAGUGUAUUUUGCCUAGUGGCAAUUUAUUCAGUAAUUGGAGAAGAACUGAAACCUCAUCUCGCACAACUCACAGGAAGCAAGAUGAAGCUACUAAACUUGUACAUAAAGAGGGCCCAGACCACCAACAGCAACAGCAGUUCCUCUUCAGAUGUUUCAACGCACAGUUAAUGGAGAUAUGUGGACAUAUGUGUAGACUUAGAAGCAAUCAACGGUGCCUCUCAGAGACCUUUCUGCUACUCUUCACUGGCGUGCUUCAUCAGCUCAAGGAGGCCAUGCAGAUAUUUAUUGCAAUCAGUAUUUUAGUUCCUUAAAAGCUUUUAUGUAGAAUCUUACUGGUAUUGAAUGUAAAGGAAGCAAGGUCUGUGUUGCAGUCUUCAUUAAAAGUGAACAACAGAAAGCCAUACUUAAACAUA